AUGCACCCUUAAUAAUCAUCUUUAACAAGAUUGCAUAGAGAAUAUCGUUUGCUGCCUGUAGGAAUGUAUUCUCCAUAGAAAGAGAACCUUUAGAGAUUACUUCCUAGAUAUCCUGAGAGUGUAGAUGUAGGAAGUAAUAGUAAGUAUUAAGGGAAUACAUCAUUUCCUGCUUUACCUCCUUUAAAAAAGUUGAGUAAGAUAGAGUAGACAGUAUAGAUUUAUAAAGGGAAAGUGAAUAAAUUGCCAUCUAUUUAAUUAAGUGAUUAACAAUUAUAAAGGAAAAAAUAAAUAUCAGAAACUGAUGGGAUGAGAAAAUCAAUAACACCUGAAAGAAGACAAGGAAAGAGAAAUUCCGUUUAAUUUGCAAUGAGAACAAAAGCUGGUUGUUAACCAAACAAAGCUACAAAAAUAAAUCAAGAUGCAGCUAUAUUGUGUCCAAAGAAUUUAGAAAUGUUAGAAAUAUAGUUUUAUAAAUAGUAUGGGUUAUAAAUUCUUUGGAGUGUGUGAUGGACAUGGUUAAUAUGGUCAUAUGGUUUCAAAUUAGAUUAAAUAAUAAUUGCCUAAACAUUUAGGAAGAGUUUUAAAAGAAACAGAUGAUAUAGAAAGUUAAAUUAGUAAAGCAUUUGGAAUGACAAAUAAAGAAUUAUGUAAUUCUGAAAUCGAUACAAAUUUAUCUGGAUCAACAACAGUAUCUUUACUUUUAACAAAAGAUAUUGUAUAUAAUUAAAUGAAAUAGAUUUAUUCUGCAAAUGUAGGUGAUUCUAGAGCAAUAAUGUGUAGAUUUGAAGAUGGAUGGAAAAUUAUAGAAUUGAGUCAUGAUCAUAAACCAGAUGAUCCUUAAGAAAAACAAAGAAUUUUAGAGGCAGGGGGAAGAGUAGAAUAAUAAAAGGGUUUGUAAAUUAAUAACAAAAUCUAGAUUUCAAUGGAAAUGGUAUAGGACCAUAUAGAGUAUGGUUAUCCUACAUCUAAGCUCCAGGAUUAGCUAUGACUAGAUCCUUAGGUGAUAAAGUUGGGGCAUAAGCUGGAGUUAUUGCUGAACCUGAAAUCAAAUAAUUCACAAUUAGUGGAUAAGAUUAAUUUAUUGUUAUUGCAUCUGAUGGAGUAUGGGAAUAUAUGAGUAAUUAAGAGGUACAUUACAAAUCAAUUAGGUAAUGAGUAUUGUUAUUCCAUUCUUGGAUAAAGAUAAUCCUGAUCAAGCUGCUGAACGUAUCAUUAUUGAAGCUACUUAAGCAUGGCGUAGAGUAAGAGUAUUUUUUUUAUUUUAAGAAUAGUUUAGCUAGAGACGAUAUUACUUGUAUAGUUAUAUUCUUAUAAAAAUGA